ACCGCAGCGGCCGCUGUACUACGGGAGCUAAUCGAGGAGUAGGGGGGGGUUCGUCGUCGGUGACCGGACACCUCAUCUGUCUUGCGGGGCAUUGAGACAAGGGGGCGACGCAGUUAUCCAGGCGGCGAGCCCGCAGUUCCGUCCGGGGAUGCUAAAUAUGUGGAAAGUCCGAGAACUCGUGGACAAAGCCACUAAUGUGGUGAUGAACUACUCCGAGAUCGAGUCCAAGGUGAGAGAGGCCACCAAUGACGACCCCUGGGGACACUCCGGUCAACUAAUGGGAGAAAUAGCCAAAUCUACUUUUAUGUAUGAGCAGUUCCCAGAGGUGAUGAACAUGCUGUGGACCAGGAUGCUUAAGGACAACAAGAAAAACUGGAGAAGAGUCUACAAGGCUUUACUGCUGCUGGCCUACCUGAUCAGGAACGGGUCUGAAAGGGUCGUCACCAGUGCCAGAGAACACAUCUACGACCUGCGAUCGCUAGAAAACUACCCCUUCAUCGAUGAGAAUGGUAAGGAUCAAGGCAUCAAUGUGCGUCAGAAGGUGAAGGAGAUGGUGGAGUUCAUCCAGGACGAUGACAGACUGAGAGAGGAGAGGAAGAAAGCCAAGAAGAACAAAGAUAAAUACAUUGGAGUCUCCUCUGACAAUAUGGGAGGAGAAGGAGAAGGACAAGGACAAGGAGGAGGCGGAGUCGUAGGAGGAGGAGGAGGAGGAGGAGGAGGAGAAGAAUUAGGAGGAAGUGGCAGCGGCAGCGGCGUUAAGACCCCCAAUGAGUUGGAUCGUAGUAAGUGGGAUGAGGACUGGGACAAGAGCCGAGGAGCCUUCCCCUUCAGCGAGAAGCUCGGAGAGAUCAGUGAGAAGAUCGGCAGCACCAUCGACGACACACUCAACAAGUUCAGGAAGAAGGAGCGAGAUGACUCGCCCGACAGAAUCAGCGACAACGAGGAGGACAGAGCAUCGAGAAACGGCAGGCAGGAGAUCCUCGAGUUCAAAGAUGAGGAGGAAACUGUGACGACGAAGAGCAUUCAAAUCACACAGGCGACAGAAACCACCACCACCACCACGCGGAAACGCAUCGGAGCGACGAGCAGCAAGGCGCUGGACCUGGGGGCCGCAGCCCACUACACUGGAGACAAGAGCCCAGAGGGGAAGUCAUCCGCCAGGCAGUCUUCCAGUAGCGGUCUAGCUGACCUGCUCGUGAUUGACCCUUUAUCCAAUCAGAGCACUGCAACAGGUAGUGACACACUUUUGCACACAAAAUGUUGUUGGACAAGAGUUAAUGAAGACAUGCGUAUGUGUGUGUGUGUGUGUUCAGACCUCAUUGGGGGCUUUGCUGACUUCUCCUCUCCUGCAGCCUCUGCCAGCCUCCCAACUUCCACCGCUGCUGCACGAUCCAAUGGAAAUGGAGAAUUUGGGGACUGGAAUGCUUUCUCCACCAAUACACCAGUUUCGUCGAGCUCCGGCCCCGCCCAGCCCGUCACUGACCUGUUUGGCAGCGUCCAGUCAACCCCGGCCUCGAACACUGCCCCACCUUCUACCGAGCUUUUUGACCUGAUGGGUGGAGUAAGCCAUCAACUAACCAAUCCACACGCAACACUGAGUGCCUCUCAGAGCAUGACUUUCUCUCUGGGAGGUGCAGCGCCAGGAGCCUCUGUCGCAAUGCCAGCCAUUCCCCUUUCUCGCUCUCAACAGAGCUUGGGAGGCAUGUCGCCUCAGCAGCCCAUAGGACAACAGCAGAAGGUUGGUGGUGGAGGUCCAGGAUCAUUAGGGUCAACCUGGUCUGACCCCUCCGUCAACAUCAGUCUGGACUUCCUAUCAGCAGGCCUCAACCCCACUAAGACACCACCCACACUCAACAAUAUCAUCCAGCAACAAGGAGUUCCUCCGGUUAACCUGCUGGCCCAGAGCUUCGGCGGACUGAACCUCAGCUCCCCGCCCCACGCCCCACCCAGCAGACCACCGGCCACUCCCUUGAUCGCAAGCCAUGCAAUGACGAAGGGCAUGCCUGCAUCAAAGGGAACGGGCAUGCCUCUUUCCUUGGUAUCGAGUAUGCCCCCUUCAAUGACCACGGGGAUGGGGGGAAUUGCCGUCAACCAAGGCAUGAUGGGAAUGAACAUAAGCAUGAAUAUGGGCAUGGCCACUCCAGUGAUGAUGGGUGGCAUGGGAGUGCCAGGAGUGAGGUUGGGCCUAGCACACUCCAUCACCCCAGCCGUGGUUCCACCCAAACAGGAUGCCUUCGCUAACUUUGGCAGCUUUGGGAAAUGAAGGAGUUCAAAUGUGUGAGUGUGAGGGUGCAUGUCUGACAUGUUGAGAGCGUGACCCAGAGGACUGCUGUACCUGAAGACAACCGUGCAUGUUUCUCUCGAUGCUUCUGCUGUCUUUGGUGAUCCCAGUCUGUUGACAUGAUCUCGGCGGUAGGGGGAGUGCCCACUGCCGCUCUUCAACCAUUUGAUGAGUGAACUUUAAGUCACAGAGAGGACGCCUGAAGAGCAGGGAAGCUGUCAACCCACAUCCGCGAGUCAUUAUUUCCCUGUGAGGAAGAGCUCCUCAUCUUUAGCUGCUUUUAUAUAUGAGCUAAAGUAUGUCCUCCUACACACACAAAAAUCACUGGAAAAAGUUUGGUUUUCUGUAAAUGUAUAGAGAAUCAAUCGGUAGGAUUAACUCCAAUAAAAAUGGCAUUGCCGUCUUCAUUUUGCA